CCACCACUGGACUAAAAAGUUCCACUGCUUCUCCACCUCACAACGAUCCAAGAACUUCAAUGACUGCCAGUGACCCACACUCUACACGUAAGUCAGCAAUACUUGCAGGCACAAUGAUUCCCAUCUUACGCAGUAACCAGCACCACCAGACCACAUCCCAGUAACCAAGCUCCAAACCUCUCCUAAAACCCCAGUAUUAAAAUACAUCAUCACUGGAGGGCCUUUGAAGUCCGACAAGGUCCUGACUUGUUCCUACCAACGCAGACUAAGGACAAUCCUAAAUCAAAACAAAAAGGCUCCCUGUCCAGCCAACACCCACUCCUCCCUUAACCUCGAGCUCCUUUCGCACAGUCAGCGUGGGGGCACUCUGAGAGGGUGGGCAGAGGGACCUCGGAGGGCCCUCCCAGCUCCAGGCUGAGCCUGGACUCUAGGCUAUCUUUCUCGAGCUCACCGCUAGUGAGGGCUGGGAAGCAUCUGCGCCGUGUCCCCGCACCUGGAGACAGUACCAGUCUCUCGGCCACCUAACACCCAAGCAAGGGGAAAGCCCAGCACCUAGACUGAGGCCGAGCAGCACGUCCUCGUCCCCGGGGUUAGUUCGGAGCUUCUCCUCCGCUCUCAGACUGCCACGCGACGGCUCGCCCCUCGCCGCCCCGUGGAGGGCGCCGGCGCCCCCUGUCAGGCGGGCAAAGGAUACAGUCCCGGCUCCAGAACGCAGCAGCACCGGGGCGGGAGGGGCCCGCCACGUCCGCCAUCUUGAAACAACCGCCACUCGGGGCGUCGCGCCGGGGCCGCCACGCCUCGGCCUGCAGGCUCGGUCCCGAUUGGCCGCACCACGCAGAGGCCCGCCCCCUCCUGCGCGGCCGGCCCUUGCGGGGCGAGAGGGUCGGAGCGAAAGGGAAGCUGCGUCCCGGAGGUGCGGUGUGGGGCACCGGGCGGGGCCGCGGGAACCAGCGCCCCGCGGAGCUGCUGCUGUCAGACCAACCCCGGGCCCCCAUCAUCACUGCGCCGCGCUCUCAGGCGCCGAGAACUACAGUUCCCGGCAUGCCAUGAACUUGGCCUCGGCGCUGAGGCGGAGCCCGGUCCUCCACCCGCUCCCGCCGCGCGCGGAUCGGGUUCGCGAGCCAUGGAGGAGGAGGCGUCGCCCCCGGGGCUGGGCUGCAGCAAGCCGCACCUGGAGAAGCUCACCCUGGGCAUCACGCGCAUCCUAGGACUGUGAAGAUGAUGAGACACCACACCUCAAUUAUGUUACAUUAAAUGGCAAAAGCAAGAUUAUCCAGAAUCUUCCCCAGGUGUGACAGAGGUGACCAUCAUAGAAAAGCCUCCUGCUGAACGUCAUAUGAUUUCUUCCUGGGAACAAAAGAAUAACUGUGUGAUGCCUGAAGAUGUGAAGAACUUUUACCUGAUGACCAAUGGCUUCCACAUGACAUGGAGUGUGAAGUUGGAUGAGCACAUCAUUCCACUGGGCAGCAUGGCAAUUAACAGCAUCUCAAAACUGACUCAGCUCACCCAGUCUUCCAUGUAUUCACUUCCUAAUGCACCCACUCUGGCAGACCUGGAGGACGAUACACAUGAAGCCAGUGAUGAUCAGCCAGAGAAGCCUCACUUUGACUCUCGCAGUGUGAUAUUUGAGCUGGAUUCAUGCAAUGGCAGUGGGAAAGUUUGCCUUGUCUACAAAAGUGGGAAACCAGCAUUAGCAGAAGACACCGAGAUCUGGUUCCUGGACAGAGCGUUAUACUGGCAUUUUCUCACAGACACCUUUACUGCCUAUUACCGCCUGCUCAUCACCCACCUGGGCCUGCCCCAGUGGCAGUAUGCCUUCACCAGCUAUGGCAUUAGCCCGCAGGCCAAGGUAAGGGAGGAACACCUGCCAUCGCAAACUAUGGUAUACAACAAAAUCUACUGAGGAAAUGGUUACGUUGCAGGUUCCCAACUUCCCCAUCUGAUUCAGGAGAUCUAGGGUGGGGCCCAGGAACCUGCAUUUUCAAUAAGCAAGACAGGUCAUUCCAAUGGACAGCUUCACGUUAUACUCAUCUAGUUAAGUGGUUCCCAAACUGGACUGAUCCUCAGAAUUAACUCGGGAGUUUUAUUUUUAAUUAAAUUCUAUUGGAUAGUUUAUGUCCCAUGGCUUGUUCUGGGUUGGCAGUACAUGCACCCAGGAAGAGUAAAAAGUCAGACUCUCACUCCCCUGUUCUCCAAGUGUGCUUCCCUAGUGGCAGCUGCUAUUACGAGUUUCCUGUAUGCCCUUCCCAAGAUACUCAUUGCACAUAAAGCAUGCAUGCACGCUUCUGUUGUUCAUUUUUUCUAAAUCUCAAAUGAGGUACUGUCCACGUGAUUCUGCAUCUUGUUCUUUUCACAUAACUCUCCAUCUUGGGGCUUAUUCCCUUUCAGUGUAUUUAGAGCACUUGUCCUCUUCAGUGGCUACAGGGUAGUCCAUUGUGUGGGUGUGCCUCAUUUAUAUUACAGAUCUGGUCACCAUUUCAGACACACAGAUACCAGGUAUACAACCUGGUUUGAAAACACCAAGUGUGGCUGUAAAAACUUUUGACUAGAGUGAGCUCAUCUGGGCUCCUUCAUGGUGGUUUCUUGCAGCUCUAAAUUAGCAAUAAAUUAGGAACUCAGCUCCAGCUCACCUUACUAUGUAUGUAUUCAUCUAGUAGGCUUCAUUUUCUUCAAACAUCACAUAAUUAUAACAUUUAUCUGGUCAACAUUGGGAGGCGGCUGUGAUUUAAAAGGUAAAUAAAUGUGGAUGCCCUUUGCCCUUGGCUGCCUGAGAAAACAGUAGGAAACAGAACACCAAUAAGAUAUAACAUCCCUCAGCAGAGGCCCACACUGGCCUCUGUCUCCUGCCUUUCCUGGGGAAAUGAUGCUGCCAGAAUCCACCUGAUGGGGAGUAGCUGGUUUGAGGACAGAACAAUAGAUGCUGUCCUCUAGUGCUUUUGGAUCUAGCAUCCCAGGCUCAGGACUCACUAAAUCAGAAGAAAGUAUGCUCAUAUUCUUAGUUCUCACACUGCAUUUAUCUUAAAGGUCAUGAGACCUCAUAAAGCAAUGUGUGUAUCUUACCAGAGGUUGAUGGGAUCUGUUAUCACUUCCACUUAAAGGAAGAGCAAAUAGAUUUUUAGGCAGUUUUUCAUGAAAAUGUACCUCUACCUCCUGUUCCCAGCUCUCCUGCAUCCCCCAAAAAGAGCAUACAGAAUGGCAUUUCUCCUUUGAAUUGUGACCUUCUCUUCCAAUUCUGCCUUACAGCAAUGGUUCAGCAUGUAUAAACCUAUCACCUACAACACAAACCUGCUCACAGAAGAGACCGACUCCUUUGUGAAUAAGCUAGAUCCCAGCAAAGUGUUUAAGAGCAAGAACAAGAUCGUAAUCCCAAAAAAGAAAGGGCCUGUGCAGCCUGCAGGUGGCCAGAAAGGGCCCUCAGGACCCUCCGGUCCCUCCACUUCCUCUACUUCUAAAUCCUCCUCUGGCUCUGGAAACCCCAUCCGGAAGUGAGCACCCCUCCCUCCAGCUCUCUACCAGCUCCAGAAUGGUGGCUGCCAUGCACAGAUGGCCCUAGGGGUGACCUCCAGUUUUGCGUGUGAACCAUAGGCCUUUUUCCAGCUGAAUGACCAAAAUUGUAAGCCUUUUAGUCCCACUGACAUUAGCCAGGCUCCUAGUGAGGCCUCCACAGCACAUUGUGCUGUCCCCUGCCUCUGGAAGCAAUGGGGAAUUUGGGAUCUUGUUUAAGUGCCCAAAUAAGUCUAAUGAGUGUUCUCCUCUUCAGCACUCAACCCUCAAUCCCUUAGCACUGAUUAGAGAAGUCCCCCAAAGAAACCACUGGUUUUGACCCAUGAAGCAUUAGAACUGCGUCAUUCAUUCAGGAGCCACUAAUCACAUAUGACUAUUUAAAUUUAAAUUAAAUUAUAUGAAAAAUUCAUUUCUUCAGUUGCAUUAGCCACAUUUCGAGAAUUCAUGUGGCUGAUAGAUUCUGUAUUAGCACAAAGAUAGGGAACAUUUCCAUCACCACAGAAAGUUCUGUUGGACAGCACUGCAUUAAUAUUUUCAUACUGCUCUUCCUCAGAUCUAUUAAUUUUUGUUGUUAAAUAAUGUUGAUGUCUUCAUUUGAUGGGUCAAUGUUCCAUGAAACCUCUCAAAUACACAGUUGUAUGUUCUCUGUAUCCCUUACCACGGAUAUCUUGCUCUGCUCACUUCUUUUGUAGCUUCCUAUAAAGUUUGUCUUCCUCAUCA